AUGCUCGAGACGGGACGAAGGACAGCGAUUAGUACGUCUCAACUUGGACUUUAUUCCUAUCGCAGUGAUCGAUACACCAGAAGUCGGUACAGUUCUAUCACGAGGAAAAUUGCGAUUGGAGUUAUGGUGGUGGUGACAGUGGUGUUAGUCGCGAUAUUUUUAUACGAUUUCACAUCCGCCUCGUCGGUGAACAGCAAACUGAACCAGGAAACGAAGCAUAUAUACAUCUUGCAAAACGCUCUUAAGAAAUCAUCGAACUUCACGAAAAAGUUCGCCGCGAACUCAACCACUGUUUCGCCAGAAGUGAAUAGAACCAGCUCCAUUUACAUUCAAGAUCGUUCAGACAACGAGGACUAUGGGAAUCCGUUUCCCUACGACGAAACAGGCAAUCAGAAAGUAACAGACGCCGAGCUCAGGUCGCAGAACCUUAAUAAUUUCAAGCUGAGGAAAAGAGUGCUGAAAUCCGUGGAAAAUAAGGCGGAGGAGGGAGCGGAAGGGAAACAGUUGUUUGACAACCACGCGCUCGUUUAUCGUGUGAGACAAAGGCAUAAGCAUCCUGAUUCGGGGGAAGAUGAGAGUUCAGAAGAGAGUCGACCGACUCCUUUUCAUUGGGAAUUGAAAACACCUCAACCCACGUCUUUCAAACGUCCGAGAUAUCCCCAGUUGUCGCAAUACAGAUAUCCACAGGCGUCCAGGAACAUUCAGGAUAUCAUAAAAUAUUUGACGAAUGACGCUGAACUACCGAAUAAAGGGAUCAAGUUCACCGGUGUGUAUGUGAACCCGAAAAAGUACGAUUUGUAUCCUGAUAUAGGGGAGAUGAUGUCUAACAGCGAUAGGUCGGACGAAGAUGAAAGUUCCCCUUAUAUGUACAACGAGGAUCCGUUUUAUCAAUAUAAACCGAAACAUCCGGCGGAUGUGAAUUUGUUGGCUACGUCUAACGUCAGGUUCUCACCGACAGGCCUUCACAGAUACAACUACGACAAUUACGGACGACCGUCGAAUUAUUACAAGCCGACCUCGAUGGAAUCCCAAUACGAAGCUUCCUACUCGAAUAAUUAUUCAAAAAAGCGGAAACCACAGCCGUUUAGCGUCAUGCUGGACAUUUAUCCGAUCACCGACAUUAUGGAACAGAAUAAAAAACCGAACAGACCGAAACAGGUUCCCAUGGACGAUUACGAAUUAAGAAGACCGAUUCAAUUCCAGAGAGGACCGAAAUUUUACGUUCCACCUCCGCAACCGUUGACUGGAGUGUCUAAUCAGGCGAUGAGCGACGAGGAGGAAAGGCAACAGAUGAUAUUCCAUUUGAAUCUGUAUCCCAGGAAGAAGAAUAAAAUGAGCAGGCACGAUAUCAUUCACAGAUCAGAGUCUAUGGUCCCGGAGGACCGGCAAAAGUUCAUGGACAAAAUCUGGUCUCCUCUAGAAACCAUAGCUAAACACCUAGCUGUGGAGCAAUCAAAAUUCACGAAUAACGAAGUAGAACCCAAUCUUGCUUCGAACAGAUACCAAGAAACUCUCUUGGACAACAAAGACGAAGCAAAAAAAAUUCACCCAGAAACUGAUUGUUCGAAUCAGCAUGACAAUCCGGAAGAUUCCAUCACUGAUCCAUUUAACCACAAAUCAAGCUUGGAGGAAGAUUACGCUAGCACGGAAAAAUACGAUUUCGAAGCUCAGAAAAUCGUAGCUACCACAACGGAGAACGAAUGUGAAGACUGUAGCACUACUAUAGUUUCGAAAGAGAUGAAAGUCAACGAGACUGGAAGCACGAGCGUUUCAAAGGAUAUCGACACAUUGGAGGGGUUCAAACAAUUCAGCGACAGCGUCGCUAAAACAGGCUGA